UGAACAAAAAGUGACAGCGCAUUGCGCAAAGCGGGGAGUUUAUAGUGUGCAUGUUACUCGGUUAAACAUGUUAAAAAGUUUUUCGGAAAUUUUAGUUUUAUGUUAUAUUCCGUGCCCCGAUUGUUCAACAAGAACUGAUAUAUUGAACUUUUCUCCAUCUUGAUUAAGUGACAUACGUAGUUAAAAUAAAUACAUAGUGAAUAUCUAAUUAUAUAAAAUAGAGUCUAUUGUAAGUAAUCGUUCGAAAAAAACAUCAUCCACAAUGCCUAAAGGAAAGAAAAAAGGAAAAUACGAGCACAAAAGAACAGAACAGGCUUACUCUUCAGACGAAGACGCCGGCAUAGACAUGACCAUAGACAACAUGUCUGAGACCUCCGCUCAGUCGGACCUUAAGAGCAUCCAUGAUGAUCCAGGCAACCCAAAGGGCAGGAAGGUCAGAGAAACCAGGAUCAUAUGGAAAAAGACACAAAAUAAAGAAAUUCUACCAGAGGAACUACAAUGGUCAGAAACACAACGAAACUUUAGAUUUGAAGGGCCGAGGCUGUAUUUGAAGAAAAUUGUGAAGGAACCUGACCCGAAAGAAAAGGAAUUAAAGGACCAGCACUUAAAUAUGUAUUAUAGACCUCCGUCACCAGAAUCGGAAACCGAGAUAGAUCACAAAGCUUUGAGAGAGAGCGAAAUCCAAGAGAAAUUCGAAGAGAAGGUGCUAGAACUGAUUGAGUCGCUGAACGCUCGCGCUAAUGCGGCGCGUGCUACAGCGUUCGUAUCGCUGCGUGCAGCGCUGCAGCGGCGUGCACUGGACGGCCUGUUGUCCUCGCACCGCGCUACAUUGGCUGACCAUGUGUCCAGAGCCCUGCGACGAGGAAAGGAUGGGGAGAAAAAGGCUGCAGCUGCUAUUGCACCGUUGCUGGCUUUACAGAUUGGAGAGGAAGGCACAGAAGAAUUCGUUCGCGAAGUUCGGCCCGCUCUCAUUGCUGCCUGCACAGACAAAUCCGCUUCCCUCGACACACGCACUGAGUGCUGUUCAUCUCUGGCUGUGCUCUGCUACUUAAUGGAAGACGACCUCACCGAGAUCUUAGAGGUCAUGCGCAUGUACGAGACCAUCUUCAGUGGUAGCUACCUCAAGGGCGACGGCAGCGUGAAGGUGUCUGGCGCGGCGGUGGAGGAGGGCGCGUGGCACGCGGCGGCGCUGGACGCCUGGAGCCUACUGCUGCCGCUACUGUCGCCCGGACACGCGCUGCAGCUGCUCACCAACCAGGCGCCGUCCUUCGCCAGGCUCGGGGACUUACUCGAAGCUGUCUCACUUGAGGUCCGUAUGGCGGCGGGUACAGCGUUAGCCAUCGCUUACGAGGCGGUGACGGACGAGGACGGAGCCACCGAGCCUGCCAUCACGGCGCUGGUGGACGCCAUGUUGCCGCGGCUCAGUGAACUCGCGCGCGACUCGCACAAAUUCCGCGCCAAGCGAGACCGCAAGCUGCAGCGUGCUACUUUCCGAGACAUUCUCAAGUACUUUGAGGAGGGAGAGGUCCCGAGUAUGUCGGUCCGCGUGGGAGUCGAGACAGCAUCUUGGUCGUCGUGGUCGGGCGCGGCGUCGUACGGCGCGCUGGCCGCGGCGCUGGGCGGCGCGCUGCAGGCGCUGGCCCCGCGCUCGCUCGUACUGCGCGCCGCGCUCGGCCUCUCCGACGUACUGCCGCAACCCAUGCAGCUCGCCCACAAACAGAGCAAGCUCGAACGGCACCUACAAAACAACGCGGCGUGCAAGGCGCGUACACUGGCACGCAAGAAGAACAGAGACAAGCGUUCCGCGGCGCUCGCCAUGUGAACAGUCCCCCGCACCCCGCCGCCUGUCCCCUGUAACCCGCACGGUUCAUCACUCGACAUCUUUCGGUUUAGUUAGAGCUUAGUUUAACGCUAGCAACCGUCAAUUGGACGCCUUACCUAGUAGUGUCACCGCCGGCGGCAGUAGAACCAGCCCCUUACAUAAACAGGCUGCGUGGCCGCCGGACGAUGUGAGAGGUUCGUGUUAGGUUAAAGUAGGCUAGUUGUUAACCAAAGAAAUUCGUAUUAUUUUGAAAAUACAAGUUGGAACCGUCUAUUUCGAGGCAUCUCGUCGAUUUAAUUGUAUUUCUCUCUCACUACCCAGCACCAUCUCGGUCGAUCCUUUACGGUGUUGAUGUGUUUUAAAAUUGAUAUUAUUGCGAUCGAUGUUUUCAUAUCAUUUUGUAUAAUAGAACAUUUAAUUCUUACUCCAUGCCUUGGUGGUCUGGUGGUACUCCAUUCCGAACUGAUACUGCCGGCACAUAGAACUUAAAUGUUGCUAUUUUUUAGUUAAAUAUUUUACUUUAAUUAUACUUAUGUUAUAUUAUUGAUAAUUUUGUAUUUAAAUUGACCGUUUGUGUGUUAAUAUAGAUUACAAUAUAAUUUAUUAGGUUAAUGUGUCACUGCAUUGAUUGUUUUACUUUCAAUGAAACUAUGUAUUGGUAAAAUCAAGUUGUGAAGUAAGGGCGAUUAUAUUAAAGAUUUUUAAAAGGAAUAUUUUCUUUGACUUGUGCUGUUCGUACGAACAUCUCGUAUUUUAUGUAUAUGUGAGUCGUAUGUGUAUCCGCGAGAGGAUGAAUGCAUCACAGUGCAAUUCAUAUGUUUAUAUAUAAAGAUUCUCUAUAAAUAUUAUUUUAAUUAUAAUUCGUUUCAGGUCCCUGCAUGUGUAACAUAUAAGAUAAACGAAAUGUUAAAAUAAUAUUUAUUACGAGAACCA